ACCAUCUCAUGCCAGUUCAGUUAAAUCGAAUUUUCAAUCAUGGCCGUCGCUGUUGAGAAUUUUCAAGCCGAACUUGAAAAAGCACGUGAAACACUUAAUAAAGUUGAUGAAAAUAUCAAGAAAAUAACUGGAAGAGAUCCAACAGAGGCCAGAAAUGCCAGGUUUCAGUCUCAAGUUGGCAAUAACGAAGGACGAGAAAAUGCACAGGCACGAAACCGGAUUCCCCCACGGUUUCAAGGAAGACUGUCGUCCAGAGAUGAACAGGAAAAGAGGCAUGAUGGCCCAACUCACACUAAAAGAAUAGUUAGAGAAGGAAAUGAUGGCAGGCCUACUCCUUUGGUUGCUAUUGGAAAUCCAAAAGGUUGGAGAAAUGAUGACUAUGAAGAAGGAGAACUACCACGCAAAGGUGCCAUUCACUCUAGCAUCACAGCUCCGAAUGCAGACAGAAAGACAAGAGAAGAGGCCCUAGCCCAGCAAAGCAAAGAUGUUAAAGUCAAAGACAGAAAUCGGAGAAUGUUUGGUUCAUUAUUAGGAACAUUGGCCAAAUUCAGGAUGGAAGAAUCGUCACAGAAAGAUAAAGAAGAGAAACGAGCCAGAAUUGAACAAAGAUUAGAGGAGACCGCACGCCAGGAGAAAGAGAGUCUGAGAAAAGAGCGAAAUGAACUCUUCAUGGAGCGUAAGAGACAACAGGCACAUGUCAGGAGACUGGAAUGGAAGAUGCAUCGUCUAAGAGAACACGAUGAAUGGGCAACUCGUCAACAACCGCUGAUGAAGUUUAUCAAAUUAACGACAACUCCUCCAUUAUACUACAAGCCUAAAGUUUGGACUCCAAAAACAGAAGAAUUAAUCAAGGAAAGUCAGCGUAAACUCAAAGAAAUGCUCGAGACUCGGCGAAAAGAACUUGAGGAAGAAUUAUUACGAGUAGAAGAGAAGGCAAUCGCCCGUCUUGAGCGAGUCCGUGAGCGUGGAUAUCGUGUGGCACCGGCUAGCGAGCAAGAUGCGGAGCUGGAGGAACUGGAAGCUGAAAUUGAAAUGUACGCUUUGGCUCUUGGCGAAGAAAAGGAAGAAGACAUGGAACUCCAUCCGGAAAAAGUCAGCCAAGGCCCACUCACUUUCCCCAAGCACGAUCCGGACGAGCCAAUGGACUCUGCUUGAGAAGUUUUCCAUCGAGUCAUCCUCCAUUACAUAGACUACUCGCCGAGGCGCGACGCAGUUUCAAGAUUGUGAACCAAUCAAUCAAGUCGAUUUGCGAUUACUGUUUUUAUUUUGCGUUCCAUUUUUCCAUAGUAAUGGUGGUCUCGUACUGGAUUCAAUGGUCUGUAGUGAACUGUUCCGCCUCCUCCCCUACAAAUCAAGACGCAUCCAGGCGGGUAAUUUCGGCCCAUAACCAAACUUUUUGGCUGAAAAAAAUAAAUAAACACGAGACCGAAUAUCCAGAA